AUGGAAGGUGACUAUUCAUCAUUCGUUACCAGCCCCGGAGGCACCGUAGAGGUGGCCAAGAAACCGAAAGGCCGCCCUAAAGGCUCCAAAAACAAGCCCAAGGCCUCUCGUCCUCUCGUACCCGGCGACGACGUGAUGAUGACGCCUUACGUUCUCGAAGUCCCUCACGGCAACGACGUCGUCCAGGCUAUUUCCCGGUUCAGCUUCCGCCAGAACACCGGCCUCUGCGUCCUCACUGCUUCCGGCACCGUCGUUAACGCCUCCCUCUGCCUCUCCUCCGCCGCCUCCACUCCUGACAUCGCUUGUCCCGGCCACCACGCCAUCCUCUCCAUGUCCGCCGCAUUCGGCCCUCGCCAAUGCCCCACUUCGGGUUACGCCGCCAAACCCCUCACCGUCAGCCUCGCCGCCCCUAACGGCCACGUCAUCGGAGGGCUGGUAUUCGGCGGUUUGGUCUCAGUGGGCCCGGUCUACGUGAUAGCAACUUCAUUCAACAGCCCAUCCUAUCAUAAGUUGUCAUCUGAAGAUGAAGAGCGCGUGCGAAACACGGGCGCCGGAGAAGGAGAAAGGGGGAACGUGCCGUCUCCUCUGCCUGGUGGCAUACCUCUGAAUAAUGAUAGCCGAACCGCCGUUCAUGGGCUUUGGACUUCAGUGAUGAAGCCACCACAACCUGCGCCCUCGACGCCUCCUCAAUAUUUUUAA